AUCUCAUCGCCUUCACCAUCCUUCCUUGCUCUCACAUCGCUCUGUUUCAGCCGCUGCUUUGUACAGAGCGGCUGUCUCAGACCUCCAGGCGUCGCCAUUUUCUCCCCGCGAUAUGCAUGGUUAACCCAAUGCCACAAUGUCUGUCUUAUGCCUCGUCCCAAUAAAUUCCCCGAAAGCUACUACCACCCAUCCCUGCGAUUGUACUCCAAGCAGGACUUGGAUCCUUCAUUCCUCCCCAAGUCCAGUUUCAUGCCUAAUUCAGAACCCCCGUCCCACAAUGUCCCUUUCCGGAGAUUCAAUCCGCGACGUCCGCGCCCGAGCGUUGCAUCUGUAGCUGACAUCUUUGUCACCUCGCUGGUGAUGGCCGGUUUCUGUCACGAGCAUUCCCCUCAUGGCAGAGGGCUAUCUACGAUGUCAAUGGCCGCUACAGAGGGUAAUGUGGCAAGGUGGAGAAGCGCGGGCGUCGCGGACAACAGGCUGCCGUUGUCUAGAAAUCGACUCGGAUAUCUGAGUUCACGAGCAGAGCGUGAAGAAAUGCGCUCUUCGAGGAUACAAAGGAUGUUUUCCAGUACACUUCCACAAGCUUUGGAGGAUACUAACAGUGCUGAUGGGGAUGAUAUUAAAGCUGGUUUAAAGGAUGCUUCGGUAGAGGAACCUUUGCCGCGACGGUUAAAAGAGAAAGAAGAUACACACUGGCGAUUGAGAGGAGAACUAGACGAACGGUCGAAAACCCGCUAUUCUAGGGAACUUGACUACCCGGUUUCCUCUCCGGAAAGAUAUCAUCCUGUUCAUGAAACUGCUUCGAGAGCUUCUCCUGCAUCGCGCAUCAUCCCCCCAGGCAGAUAUCAACAGCGUACGCCGGCCUGGGAUACAUUCAAUUCCAUGGAGAAAUUAUACCGCGAUACGCUUGGCCGUAAAAUGGCCCCCCAGGGCUGGAGGCCGGCUCUUUGGACUGUCACGACUGGUGUCCAUGGUUAUCCAACUGAUUCCCCGGAUAGGUCGUGUGAUGUUGAUGUUUUGGAAAGCCCGGUUGUUGAAGAAUUCGUCACUGCGCUUACAGAUGAGGCAAAAUCAACACAGUAUCUCUUUAGUCUGUAUAGACGCCUCCCGAGUCCUGGAGUAGCGCAGCUUUCUAAACGCUCGCGUGGUGUGCUUCUUCGUCGAUUCGCCAGCCCCCCCAACCGACGGUGGCCGGAUGCACGUCGUUUUAUGGCUUUGUUGGAAGAUAUGAUUGCUGCUGAUCUCCCAAUAUCUCGCUCAUUGUGGACAUCUGCCAUUCACCUCACUGGCCGUGCGGGUGGUAGAGUGUUUAAGCGGGAUUUGGAGAGAGCCAUAGGCGUAUGGCAACAGAUGGAGCGGGUAGCGGGAAUAAAGUCCGAUGGUGUUGUCUUCAGUGUCCUGUUUGAUCUAGCCAUCAGAGCCGGCCAAUUCACCGUUGCGGACCGCCUAAUACAGGAGAUGGAAAGCCGUGGUCUCAGCUUUGAUCGCUUUGGGAAAGUCUCCCAUAUGUAUUAUAUGGGAUUAUUGCGAGAUUCUGAUGGUAUCCGAGAGGCAUUCCAGGCCUUUGUUGCCUCUGGUGGCCUCGUUGAUACGGUCGUCGUAAAUUGCCUCAUUGCCUCGUUCAUCCGAGCUGGUGAUGUCCGCACGGCAGAACAGCUAUAUGAACGGAUGGUGGAUGAACAACGGAAGAUGAAGAGAAAAUUGGACGCGGGCAAUCGGCCUAAGUACCACUACCCAACGCUAACGUCGGAAUUCACCGUAUACCGGAAUAAGACAAAAAGACUUGGCCAGCUUCUACACCUCUCAGCCUCUCUCAAGAAUGCAAUGCCCAAGCACCAUCGAGCCCUACAAGAAUCAUUACCGAUAACUCCUGAUACGAGGACUUUCCACAUCCUUCUCUCCUACCACGCUCGAACAUCAGGGAAUUUAGAAGGAUUCAUAUCAGUACUUGGGGACAUGGAAGAAGCCGUCGCUAUCCCGCCCCGGGGAGUUGUGUAUUUUCUACUUUUUGAGGGAUUUGCCCGUUUCGGGGGUAAGAAAAAACAAUGGUCUAUUGAUAAAUUGCGAGAGGCCUGGCAGACGUUCAUUCGGGCUGUCUACGAUUCCAAAGCAAGGUACACUGAGCGUCACAACUAUCAACGACCGAAACUUGGCUGGGAGAAUCCGCUUUUAUCAAGUACAAAACAAGAGAAAGAAAAGGGGCUAGAUACUCCCGGCCUGUCAUAUCUGUCUUUGCCAUCAGCCGAACCGGAACCCCAGAAGGACAACGAGCUGUCAGACGUGGAACAGGGAAGAGAAAAACAAGAAGAGGCAAACAUAGAAGUUGAAGUUGAAGAAAACGCCGAUAUGGAUACAUUUGAUAAGCACCGACAUGACGAUAUGGACGAUAUUGACAUGGACGACUUGUUCGGCAGUGACUACGAGAGCGACGAAAAUAUGACUAAUCACAGCACCCAGGACGGCCCAGAGCAGAAAUCUGAACUGGACAAGCUCGAGGCCCAACUCGAGAAUGGCAUAUUCUUCGGCCGUCGUAUCAUCAUCUCCAUUCUCCGGGCAUUCGGCACCUGCAGUACAUCACAGGAACUCGUUGAAGUAUGGUUGAAAAUCGAAUCGGUCUGGCAACCCCAAAAGCGCAGGGUAUCGGAUGUCAUUGCCGUUCGAGAGGAGUUACAAAGACAGCUGGCCAGGACAAGCGGCGAAGGGUGGAGAUGA